AUGGGGCUGGGUAAUCGGGCCGAUGUGUUGGAGGAUCACAUCGAUAAUCACAAUUUCAUCAAAAACAUGACUUUGGGAGCAACAUUACAGCGUCGCCUCGUCGUUGCUCGAGACGAAAGGGCCCGUCAGGUUGAAGCUUUCCACGCCGUCAGCGAUGGCAUUUCGCCGGAGCUUCAACAGCAAUGGAAGCGUGAGAUUCGUGAAUGGGAAGAUGAUGACAAGCGUCCGAAUCCAUUUGAGUUGCCAACGAAAGAUUUCCCAACAGAAGCGCAAAUCCGACUAGAUCUCCAACGGGAGGAACGACAACAGGAUGUCGAAGGGCGGGCAUUUGUCAGCGGUGGUAGUGCUACUGCCUUCAUCUCCGCUGGGAUACAAAUCGAGGACGCACAAGCUCGCAUCAAAGAAUUUACGCAACAACACUCAAUUCUGACUACCGACCGCGAAGCAAAACUUGACGAGCUUCGCCUCUCUCUGCUCAGAAAGCUCGGGCGUUUUCGGGAACUGCAAUUGGUAUACAUGCCCGGUGCCGCUGCGUUUCUCGCUGAAGCUGAAAUGAGGCCCAAAUGCCGACCCAUCCUACUACCGGCGCUGUUCAAGGCUGUGUUGCUGGCUGUUGUCGACAUCGAGGAGAGAUUACGCGUCUCACAAUGCCAAAAUGCUCUCAGCGAACUACGCUUCAAGCUGCAUGGGAAGCGGUGGUUGAUCGCCUAUCGCAACGCCAAUGUUACGGGGCAAAACCAGACAACGAAAGCGGCCAAACUUUUGCAGUCCAUCACUCAGAAAGCCGAUGCGAUUUCGUUGCGUUACAAACGUGGUCAUUCGGCAUUGGUAGGGUUGGGUGUUGCGCAAAAGUAUCCGGCAUUUCGUGCCCUGAAAGCGGAGGAUGUCUGUUUGCCUGCAGAUGGCGAAGAGAAAGACUUGGAGGCACAACAAAAGCUGGCCAGAAUCAGUGUCACACGUGGCAUGCGAGUCCCUCGUAAUAUGCCCAGUAGCUCGCGGCGCGUUAUGUCGUGGAUUUGGACUGCGCCGGGUGCUUUCGAUGACCAGGAGGAGCAGCUUCAUACCUCAAUGCGCGUUGAGUGGUGUCGGGCAAUGGCACGAAAGACACGGUGGAAUGAGGAGGUGAUGCUUUUGGAAGAAGAAAUGCGACGCACGCUUCGUUACCUCGAAUGGCAAGCGAAAUGGUGGCAACAACAGGCGGAGCGCCGGGAGGAUGUGGAAGCGGAGCUGAAGAACGGUUUACAAGCAUAUGCUUACCGAGCUGCAGCCCAGUGCACCCAGGUGUUGACACACUUUAAGCUAAAGUGGGCCACGAGCGAACGACGAGUUUUAGAUGAAUUAGUGACUUUGGCUAGUAUAGCGGAACUUGAAGCAUGA